GUGAGCCCUGUGCGCCACAUUAGCAUUCACCGGCAUGGACUAGGACAGAGACCCAUUGAGCAGAAAUGGGAGCUACCGUUUUCUUAUGACCCCACAUGGGAUUGUUUCCUCCCAUCCUACAGUUGAGCUUCUGGCAAAGUCAGAAUACCACAAUGUGAGGUGAACAUGCUUCAACAUGACGUCAUAUAUCCUGUGGACGGCAUUUACAUGGACAUUCAAGGGGAUACUGUGCACCUGCAGGUUCCUUUGGAUAUGCCCGUACAAUGCAAUCAAAUUCUUGCCAAGGGAACGGCACGUAACGGAGGACACAAGCCGACAGCUGAAACAACUUGUGGGUUCUGAAAGUAAAGCGAUACCAGCCAUACCAGGAAGUCCCGACCGUACAACUGCCCUUCAUAAAAGACUAACCAAAACUGAGAAAGAGAUACUGUCACUGAAGACCAGGGUCGCCUGUGAGAGAGCAUCGUGGGAAAGGAGGUUUGGAGAGCUGCAAAGAAAACAGGAAGAGCUAUGUAAUCAGUUGGCCUCUCAGGCUGGAGUGUUGGUGAACGUGGGUGGUGGUGAUGAGCAGGGAGAGGCAGGUGUGGACAAUGGAGAAGCAUAUGAGGAGUGUUCAGGUGGUCUCUCCAUAGUGAUGUAUCAACACAGAGAGUCUGAGGUGUCAUCAAGAAGCGACACUUAUGCAAGCAGUUUGAGCUCGAGACCUUCCUCCUCCUCCUCAUCUUCAGCCACCAGUGUGAGAUCAUGGAGGAUGUCCAAAGGACCUCAUCGAGUUUUUGUACCUCACUCCCCCAUGGACCUGGAGCUGGGUCACCGGGUCAGGAUUAUGCUGCCGUCUGGACGGAUCAGCACAGGAACGAUUCGUUUCCUGGGCCACCUGCAGGGGGAGGCAGAUCUCCACCUUGGGGUGGAGCUGCAGACACCUGACCACGGAUUGCAUGACGGCAGCCACAGGGGACACAGCUACUUUGAAUGCAAGCCUGGCUAUGGUGCCUUUGUACCAUUCCACAAACUACUCAUGGCCUGGGAAUGACAGGAAAACAGACUGCUGAUCCCAUCUGGAUGAUUGGAAAGAGGGUAACAGUAGUUACAUCCAUGGAUUUGUAUCAAAGUAUAUACAUAAAAGGGGUGUAUUGUUUUUGUCUGUUAUUCACAAUAAAAAUACCUUUUAAUCAAAUAGUUCCCUUGUGUGAGCUUCAGCAGACAGUUGCAGAAAGUAACUGCUGUAUUUUUGUUGAGUUAGUUGU